AUGGAGCGGAGCGGCAGUGGCGGGCCGGGGCCCGAGGGCCCGUCCACCAGCGGCGGUGGCAGCGGCGGCACCAGGCCCCGCCCUGUGGGCCGCGGCCGCGCGCAGCUGCCGCUGCCGGGUGUGCCUCUCACCAGCGCCCAGCUGCGCAAGAACCGCGACAAGCUUGUGGCGCUGCUGGAGGAGGGCCAGCUGUCGGCGCUGGAAGUGCCCACCAUCAACCACUCGCCGCGCGACAGCUUGCUAGGGGAGGACGAGCUGUUGUCGCUGGGGGCAGAGGACCCGGCUGUGAUAGGGCGCAUCACUAUUUACUGCACCGCAAACAGCUAUGACCUCAAGGGGCUGCGGGAGCACUUGGAGAGCAGCGGCCACACGUGCGAAGACUUCCCCGAGGUGCUCUUCACCCGCUACGUGACGAGGACGGGUGAGGUGGCGGGCGAUGUCUGCUUCUUCGACUUUGGGGUCGCCUGCUUCUGGAACCUGAGCCCAGCCCAGGAGACGAGCAUACUGGAGCAGUCACUGAAGCCGUAUGAGGAGGGGAAGCUGUCCAGGGCCAAGGUUGAGCGCGACACCUUUGCCUUCCGCAUGAACGACCUGCUCACCCUGUCCCCGACCAUGGCCGACCUGCACCUCAUGAAAUUAAGCAUCUCCUUUGCCCUCUCCCAGUCCACCAAACUAUCCGUGCUCGAGGAACGGGCGCUCUCUAUCGCCGAGGUGACGCGCAAGCUGCCCAUCGCGCUGGCCCGGGAGGGCAAGGUCCGCAUCUCAGAUAAGGUGGGGGCGGUGGCCAAGCUGAUGGGGCGCGUGUUCAUCGAGCAGGCCUCCCUCAACCUGCUGGGCAGCGUGCUGGACACGCCCGACUACUUCUGGGAGGCGGGCGUCGGGGACCACAUGCAGAGCGUGUAUGACAAGGUGUUUGACUACCUGGAGAUGGAGGACCGCAUCGAGGUGCUCAACGCACGCCUGGGCCUGCUGCACGAGCUGCUGGACAUGCUGCGCCUGCAGGGCCAGGCCCAGCACUCCGACUUCCUCGAGGUGAUCGUCAUUGUGCUCAUCUGUGUGGAUGUUGUGAUCCUACUGGCGCAAGUGGCGGCCACACUGGGGGCGUUUGGCUUUGAUGGCGAAGUGCCGGCCGGCCUGCGCGGCUGGGGAUCAGUGGCGGCGCUGUUGGGCAGCAAGUGGGCGUGA